UCCUUCUCUGGCCUCCCACCCUCCCUCUGUCCUAUUCUUCCAUAUAUAAUCUCUCUCUCUCUCUCUCUCUCUCUCUCUCUCUCUCUCUCUCUCUCUCUCUCUCUCUCUCUCUCUCUCUCUCUCUCUCUCUACUAUUUUUCUCCUCUCCCCUUUUUCAUUCUUCAUUUCUCACUUCUAUCACUUUUUCCCUGCCUCUGCAUCUCUCUUUUUACUUCUUUCCUUUCAUCUUUUGCACCACCACUCCUUUUACGUUCUUUCUGGCUUUAUUUUUUUCCUAUCUUUCCUUUUGUUUCCCUUUUCCCACCAAAUAAGGAUCUGUUACUGUUUGUUAUCAUUUGUAAUCCACACUUCCAUUUCACACUGCCUGAUAAAAUUUUCCAUCUUUUCCUCCUUUAUUUCCACUCGCACCCCUCCUUCCUACCCCUCCCUCCCUCCCUUCCUCGCUUCCCUUUACUCUGUGUCGUCUGCACCAUAAACACGACGUGACUUCUCCCUCAACACAAUGCAAAUCAAGACUGAUGGGAAGAAGUUGCGUCAGGAAUGCCUGUGUUAAAGGGUGGGGUGGGUUCUCUCUCUCUCUCUCUCUCUCUCUCUCUCUCUCUCUCUCUCUCUCUCUCUCUCUCUCUCUCUCUCUCUCUCUCUCUCUCUCUUUCUCUGCCAUAAUUUAUCGUUUUCCUCGUAUUAAUAUUGUUCCAUCCUCUUUUCUCUCCCUCAUUCCUUUUUCUAUCACUAUUUUCUUUCCUUCCUCCUCCUCCUCCUCCUCCUCCUCCUCCUCCUCCUCCUCCUCCUCCUCCUCCUCCUCCUCCUCCUCCUCCUUCUUCUUUUCCUGCUCACCAAUUUCCUCCUGAGAGCCGCCCAGGAAUUUGUGAACCCUGUCACCUGCGGUCGUGCCCAGGUGCCCCACGCAGGUUUAUUGUCACCCAUACCCAUUCACAGGGAGACCAGACACGCGACUCCCCAUGGCCUACCCUGUCCUGCCUUGUCGUUGCCUGCCCUGUCUUGUCUUACCCUGUCCUGCUCCAGCGUGUGUUUGAUCUUACUGUCUUACUUUUCUUUUUUUUUCGUCUACGUCUCUUUCUGUCGAUUAUAUUGUGUAGUUUGUCAUACAGUCUCGUAAGGAUAAACUUAUGUAUUUAUGUUCGUUUUUAAUUUGUAUGCAGUUAGCUAGUCAGUCAGUAAUCGAAUCAAACAGGCAGUCAAGGAGCUUUAUUACAAUAUAUAUUAGUUGUCUUUAAGGAAGGCAUGCAAUUGGUGACUUUUCUGAUGUGUUACAGUUAUAUAAGGCUAAGCACUACAGUCCGUCAAACAGUCAGUGAGUCAUAAUCAGUGAGUCAGGAAAUCACGAUGGUUUUUUUUUUUUUAUCUUUUUCUUUCUCUCUACAAAGAAUUCGUUUUAUGUAUUAUUCUUUUUUAUGUGUAACAACGCUCUCUUCAGGGUCAGUCAUUGACGUAUUCACAAAUCAGUCAGUCAGUCAGUCAGUCAGUCAGCCGGUCUCCUGAGUCACAGGUAUAGAAACCAGUCACUUUUAGUCACUGAUAUAUUUUAUCGUUAUUCAUUCAUUCAGUCAGUCAGUCAGUCAUUCAGUUAAUCAUUCAAUCAGUCAAGAAGUCAAUCACUGGGCUCUUGUGUCGCCAGUAUAAGCAGCACUCCCUUUAGAUGUGCGGCCUCAACUUAAGGUCGUAUCUUAAUUUAACGGUGGAAGAUUCACCACGAAAAGCGUCACUUUAUGGAAUUCACGGGUCGUCAAGCAAGGCCGCGCGAGGAAUGGCAGCUGCGAGGGUCCGUUUGAAUGAAGUAUAGACGCUCCCACGCCUCGUCACCGUGGGUUGGGAUCAUUUGCUUCUUGCACCACUUUACAUGAAUAGCGACAGACUGACAGGUGGUAACAGACAUAAUAUGUUUCAAAAUUUUCUUCAUUCUAUUAUUAUUUUAUUUUUUUUGUAGUUUUAUAAAGGUUGUGCUUGAAGAUUAAACAUUUACUGCUCGGCCGGCACUAAAUUUUCAAUAACUGCACCGCCAACAGACUUAGCAACUAAGUUAAUUAGCGCAAUGUGUGUUGUAAGCAAGUAAAGAAAAAAAGAGCGAGUGUGCGGAAUCUGUGUCCUGCCAAACGCAGCUCCACGAACAAACGAAAUACGAAAUGAUGUUUUCGAUCAGCGGAGACCAUUAUCACGUAAAUUUUAUCGAAGUUAAUUACGAUGUCCAUUUCUGAAAGAGAAGAGCGCACUUCAACAUGCAGUGUGUGUGUGUGUGUGUGUGUGUGUGUGUGUGUGUGUGUGUGUGUGUGUGUGUGUGUGUGUGUGUGUGUGUGUGGCUGGCUGUGAUGAAAAUGCAAAACAUAAAGCAUAAUGGAAAUGUAAUUUAUUUGUGUGUUCGUUUCAUUCCCAAUAAAAAUGAAUACAUAACUGAAUACAACAAUAAAAAUAAAAAAAUAAUCAUGAAAUGCAAAACAGCUCUCCUUUAUAUUUUCACCGAUAUUUAACACUCUCGAUAUCAAGUCGGACCAUCAGACACUCACGAAUCACUUUCCCAUGCUCGCUCAUGAUGCAUUUUAACAACGCGAGAUAAAAUUUACACACGAAAAAAUCAAGUGAAAUCGAGCCUCCUAUGACCUCAUACCUGGCCGGCACUAGUCACCACUCGGGUAUCCUUGCUGAAGUAGCCACAGCCUCCCCACUCACUCACCGCCCCCCACACUCAGCGAUAGGUACAGACACUCACUCAAUCCCUCCUUCCUUCCUUCACUCCCACACAACCAGGAGCACUCACCCACCCUCUCACCUACCGACACCUCACACCCUCACCCUCACCCACACCCACACACGCAAUCCCGCACCCUCAGUUUGUUACAAUCAACCACAGUCCCUCACGGCCCCUCAGUCGACGCCACUCACAAUCACCCAGUUAUUCCCUCUCAAGGCUGCCACGGUUUUCGGCUCGCUGGCUGCUCCAUCCCAGGCCAGGAAUUGGACCUCCUCGCUUGCGGUGAGGCAGCAUGGUGCAGGUUGCUCCCACAGGCCAGGUGGGUGGAGCGGUGGAGCGCACGGCAGGUGUUUGCUAAGCCAUACAGUCGCUGGACACCCUCAACGACCAGAUCGUCGAGUUUGUGUUUAGCGGUGUCGACUUCGAGGAUGAGCGCCAUGGCGGCUCCCCCAAGCAACGCGAGGCUCU